CGUUUCUGCUCACUUGGAUGGAUCGUCCCAUUGUGUAGACCAUGCACAGACACUUCCGCAACUGGAUCUUCUAUGUCUUUCUCUGCUUUGGGAUCAUCUACAUGAAAUUAGGAGCUUUAUCAUCCGUGGUGGCUUUGGGAGCGAACAUCAUCUGCAAUAAAAUCCCAGGGCUGGCGCCUCGGCAAAGAGCGAUCUGUGAAAGCCGACCAGAUGCCAUCAUAAUUAUUGGCGAAGGGGCACAAAUGGGAAUCAAUGAAUGUCAGUACCAAUUCCGCUACGGGCGAUGGAACUGCUCGGCGCUGGGGGAAAGAACGGUCUUCGGUCAAGAGCUGCGAGUAGGAAGCCGGGAAGCCGCAUUCACGUACGCCAUCACUGCUGCUGGAGUUGCCCACGCUGUGACAUCCGCAUGCAGCCAGGGCAACUUGAGUAACUGCGGCUGUGACCGGGAGAAACAAGGCUACUAUAACCAGGAGGAAGGCUGGAAGUGGGGAGGCUGCUCGGCUGACAUUAAAUAUGGCAUCGAUUUUUCCAGAAAAUUUGUAGACGCUCGAGAAAUCAAGAAGAAUGCGCGGAGGCUCAUGAACUUGCACAACAAUGAGGCGGGAAGAAAGGUGCUGGAAGAAAGGAUGAAACUGGAGUGCAAAUGUCAUGGUGUUUCGGGCUCCUGUACCACAAAAACCUGCUGGAACACGUUGCCUAAAUUCCGAGAAAUUGGAUUUGUCCUAAAGGAGAAGUACAACGACGCGGUGCACGUAGAGGUGGUGAGAGCCAAUCGCUUACGGCAGCCCACCUUUCUGAAGAUCAAAAAAGUCCGAAGUUACCAGAAACCCAUGGAGACGGACUUGGUCUACAUUGAGAGGUCCCCCAACUACUGUGAGGAGGACAGCGCCACUGGGAGUGUGGGGACGCAAGGACGGCUUUGUAACCGCACUUCUCCAUACACUGAUGGCUGUGACCUUAUGUGCUGUGGGCGUGGCUACAAUACCCACCAGUAUACGAAAGUUUGGCAAUGCAACUGUAAGUUCCACUGGUGCUGUUUUGUGAAAUGCAAUACCUGCAGUGAAAGGACAGAGGUUUUCACCUGCAAAUAAGGCACUCCGGUGACAGUCAUUGGAAAGGCAUGGACCAUUGUGGCGUCAUUUUGCACACUUAAUAAUUUUCUUUGCCAUAGAAAAUUA